GUGAAUCGGUAUUGCGAGUUCGUGGUAGAAAGACGCGCGCGCCGCACCGUUCCCAUCUCGUUGUUUGUUCACGCGAAUACUGUUCCCUUCUGCGUUUCGGUGGUCACUUGGUUCCUCGUAUGUUUCGUUCCUGAUUUUCCGGAUUUUCUUGUGUUUGUGUUGAUUUUCCGCUCGUGCUUUUCCGACACCGGCGUGGCGCGUGCGCACGUUCUUAACGUUCUUCUUCUGGCAAACCGCAGGCAAUCGAAGACAGUUCUGAAUCGCAAGGAACGGCCAGAAGCUUUUCAAACGUCUACACGAGAGGACCUCUCAUCCGAAGCAGCCAGACCAAACGUGAGACGCGAGUCCCUUAUCGCUAAACACCAACGCUUACGCGGUAGUAGUCGUCUAGCAAAGGAGCGAAAGUGUUCACAAUCUCGUCGCAGUAGCCGUAGACGCGCCAGUUGUUCUCAAAAGUUUCUCACUCUACUGUCGUUUGUGUGUGUUUUUAGUGGUUGGUUGGUUAAUCAGUUGAAUUAGGGGAGUUUGGUGAUUUUUGGGAUUGAAUUUAGUGUUUAUAUGGUUUGAAAAUAUUGUGCUAAACAAGGUACCUGGGCACCCGAGGAGGAAAGAUCUGUUUUGGUGCACGGAACACGGUCGAGUUGUUUGUUUUUUGGUCAUUUCCUUCCGGCUGGAUCGUCGUGAUCCUGAUUCCGGGGCGCGGUUAAAGUGUUGUAUCGUUGUUGUGUAUCGGUGAUCUUUGGACAGCACUGCGAAACCGAGCCAGCCUGCCAGUAGGGACGCACGGUGAUCGCUCGUCGGUGUGAUCUACAUCUUUAAUCAAGAGUUCGGGCUCUGAGCGUGUUUGCGCAACGAUUUGGAUGAAGAAGGAGCUCGAUUGAUCAUUAGUAUGUCGAGUUGUCAGCGAAUGAGUGGUACACAGUCUGUGCCAAAUACAUAAACUGAAUGUUUGUUGUUAAUGUACAAUUUGUGAAGUAAAAGCUUAAGAAUCGCGGUGAGUUAACGCGCAUAAACUAGUAGUUGCGUCGUGUGAUCGUCGCAAACACUAUCGGCAGCAGCAGCAGCAGCAGUAGCAGCAGCAGAACUACUACGCCAAAGAUGCUGGUGGAUGGAAUGUUGCGUGCGCUCUGAGUUUGUCCGUCUAAAUUCCACGCGAGUUAGUGUGUGUUGGUGUACAGUCUACGUUACGUAGUGUUGUUCGUACAAUCGUACGGCGCGUAAGUGCACGAACGUGAAGCUAAUCCGGCGCGCAUCCGGCGUGGGAAGCGCAUUUCGUACAUAAGAUAACAUUCUACUGUAGUAAGCUUGCAAACGAGUGUGUGAUCGAGAAAGUGAGGGAAGAAAACGGCCACCCAGUGACCAUUCCUCUCAAACCCCUUCCACCCUUCAUCACACCACGCAAAGCAGCAUGGACGUGGGCGUCAACGUCGUAGCAGAUGCAAACGGCCAGCAGCCAGUAGAGGAGAUUUUUGCAGUUAGCGACCUGUUGGAUGAUAUUAUUGGUGUAAUUGGUAACGACAUAAAGGAAGCGAUGCCACCAUUACCGAAACCGUUCGUCGAGAUCACGGAGCAGCCUCACCCGAAGGCGAUCCGGUUCCGUUACCUGUGCGAGGGACGAUCGGCCGGUUCGAUCCCGGGUGUCAAUACGACCGCGGACAACAAAACCUUCCCGACGAUCCGCGUACAGGGGUACCGGGGUCGAGCGGUGGUGGUUGUGUCCUGCGUCACCGUCGACGGUCCCGCCCAUAAGCCCCAUCCGCACAAUCUGGUCGGGAAGGACUGUAAGAAGGGCGUCUGUACGGUCGAGAUGAACAGCACCACCAUGAGCUACUCGUUCAACAAUCUUGGCAUCCAGUGCGUGAAGAAGAAGGAAGUUGCCGAGGCGCUCAAGCAGCGACUUGAGAUCCGUGUUGAUCCAUUCCGAACGGGGUUCAAUCACGCCACUGAAGCGAGCUCGAUCGAUCUGAACGCCGUCCGGCUGUGCUUCCAGGUGUUUCUCGAGGGCAAGACCACCGGGCGCUUCACCGAACCACUCACACCGGUCGUGUCGGACGUGAUCUACGACAAGAAGGCGAUGUCGGAUCUCACCAUCUGCCGGCUGAGUGACUGCAGUGCCCCGGUAUCCGGUGGCAAGAACAUCAUUAUGCUGUGCGAGAAGGUCGUGAAGGAGGACAUCCGGGUGCGGUUCUACGAGAUGCAGAACAAUGGGCUGGUCUGGGAAGGUAACGGCGAGUUUACGCACACCGACGUGCACAAGCAGGUGGCCAUCAGCUUCCGGACGCCACCAUACCGGACGCUCGAUAUCACUGAACCGGUGACGGUAUUCGUGCGGCUAGAAAGACCUUCGGACAACGCGUGCUCGGAGUCACUGGAGUUCCUGAUGACGCCGCUGGAUACAGGUAGGCGCCGGUUUUCAACCAUUCAGCGUGACCUCUUGAAGAACGCUAGCGAUUCGCCCGAGGAUCUGCUGUACAAGCGUAUCCUUCUCGAGGGCUCGAAC